AUGUCCUACGGACCGCUCUUUGGAAAUCAUAUUCCUAACGGCCAAAAGCAAAGCUCCUUAGUCAACCCUCAGCUACACAACAACCAUUUCAACCCUUGUUCUUCAUCUUCAUCUUCAUCCUCAUCUUCUUCUGCAUCUGCAUCUGCAUCUUCAUCUUCAACAUUUUUCAACAAUGGUUUGGCUGAACCUUUUGUCCAGUCAUCAUCAAACUCACUCAAUGUCGUCAUGAGCCCUCUUGGUAGCAACACCCACUUUGGCCCCAUUGCACCCAUUUCUUCUUCUUCUUCUUCCUCAUCCUCCUCUUCUUAUUCUUCUCCAUCCUCUUCCUCUUCAUCAUCUGCAACUACAGCUACAGCUUCAUCUACAAUGGCUUUUAGAACUUACCAUUAUACACAUCUCCAAAACCAGGAUUCUCAAAGCUACCCCAGAACUGCAUAUACCUCUUACUCUGGACAGCAGCAGCAGCAACAGCAACAGCAACAGCAACUCCAAAAUCAAUCCCUGCAUCAGUACCAACAGCAACAGAAAACAAACCAUCAAUCAUUGCACAAUUACCCAGUAUCUAUGGGAUCAGCUAAUCAGUUUACUUCUUUCUCAUAUUCUUCGGGAUCUGCGCAACAACAGCAACAGCAACAGCAACAGAUUCAGCCACAGCCACAGCCACAGCAGCUUCAGCAGUUUCAUCUACAACAAUCAUCCUUACUGCAGCAGCAGCAGCAGCAGCAACAACCACCACAACAACAACCACCACGAUGCUUGUCAAGUGGCUCCUCGGAUGGCGAACUCGACCUUAGUAAACCCAGUAUGCGUCUCCUCAAGUCCUCUCUAGCUUUUUGCGGACUUAACGAUAUUGAUGACGAUCAGAAACAUGAUUUCUCAAGAGGCACUGUUACCGGAGCCACCUCUUCUAGUUCCUUUAACAACAAAUACUUUCAAAAUACCCAGUUUAAUAAUAAUAAUAAUAACAAUAACAACAUUGCCUCUGUUGCUUCUUCUGCUUUUACUGCCGCCUCAUUUUUUCCCUCCUCCCUUUCAACCUCUUGCUCUGAAAAUAAUAAUAAUAAUAAUAAUAAUAAUAAUAAUAAUAUUAUUAUCACUAAUACCAACUCAGUUUGCCAACACCCUGGUAAUAGUACCGCUGCUGAUAAUUAUAAGAGACCCACGGAUGCCCCAUCUCGAGGUUUCAUGAACCUUGUUGUUGCUACACAUUCUUUACCGCAACCACAAGCUGUUGUCGUCGCAACACUGUCACAACCACACUCUGCUGCUACUGCUCCUGCCGCUUCUGCCGCUACUACUACUACUACUACUACUACUACUACUACUGGUGCCACUGAUACUGAUACUGCUACUGCUACUGCUACUGCUACUGCUACUGCUACUGCUACUGCUACUGCUACCAUAGCCAAGGCUGCAACUCUCAACACUACUCUUUCUACUGGAGCUGUCGUAACAACUGCCUCUAAGCCUGCCGCUGCAAUUUCUUCCAACACUAAUACAUCUCAACAUCAUGGAACUGACGAAUGCAACUGCGCGUGCCACUCUGAUGAGGCUGAAUAUCGUCUCCAACUUUAUAUGGACGCCACAGCUGGCACCGAUGCUGGAUACUUUUACAGCCGUCUUCCGUUUCGGCCGUACUUUGAUCUCACUACUCCUCUCAAAGAUUACAAUUACCGCAAUGAGCAUGUGACCAAGUGCUGUGAUAGAGCUGACAAUACCGAGUCUAAUGCUAAACAACAGCCACAACAGCAGCAGUCAACCAAACAACAAUCUUCAACCGAUAGCGAACUCAUUGACACUUGCCUUGUUUCAGGCGGGCAGAUGCCCGAGAAGCUUUCGUUUGAAACAAAAAAUGUUGUUGCUUGGUUCCGCAAAAUGAAGCGUGCUGUUUUUUCUCAGGAAAAGUAUGGCGGGUUAACCAAGGAACAGCUUUAUCGCUUUUUGCUCAAGUCCGUCAAGUAUGAACUUCGGGUUUUUGUUACCAAAACCAUGACGGAUGAUGGAGUUGAUUGUAAUGAUCCCAUUUUGUGGUCUCAAUAUCUUUUGGAAAUUACAUAUGAUCGGUUCAAACUGCGAUCGGACUUGAGAUCACUUGUUUUGGAUCUUCACAAGACUCCUACAAAUGACAUGGAAUGCCGCCGCUACGCUCGUCUCCAUGCAGACUAUCAGGCCUAUUAUAGUACUCCAGAGGGUUAUUACAACAUUUUACUUUCUAACUUUGACACUGUGGCUACAACCAAGGUUGAAUGUGAUGUUAAGAAUUACCUUGUUAAGAACAGGCUUAAGGAGAACGUGACUUUGGAAGAGGUUAAAAAUAUUUUGAAUGAUGCAAUAAUUAAGCUCUAUGUACCAAAGACGGUGGCUCCUUUGGAGCAAAACACUUUAUCGGAUCAACAUCAGCACCAGCAACAACAGCAACAACAGCACCAGCAGCAACAGCAACAGCAACAACAACAACAGCAGUCUGUGGUGGUUGUGGCCAAGGCUCCUCCUACUCCACCCACUCCCACCUUGUCUCUUUCUAAACCUGAGGCCAAUGCUAAAAAACGAUUAACUGCCAAGCCUACAGGGGGGGACUUUCCUCUUUUGCCAGAUGCACCCAUAACUCCUAUUAGAGGAUCCUCUUUGGCACCUAGUACGGUAGGGUCGCCUGCUCCUACAACUCCAUUUACUGGAAGGUCUUCAAAACUACAAAUGAAGACUCCUGGUAGUGAUGAGACGCAUUCACCUGUGCAAAGCCCUGUAUCUGGGAACUUUUUCAAUAUUAGUUCGGGCCAAUUGUCUCAGGUAACUCUUGCGGAGAGUAGUGGUAAUAGCAAUAACCGCAAGGCUUCCAAGUCGGAUGUAUUAUCAUAUGCAGCAGUUGCCGCUUCUACCAAGGCCAAGCUUGGAUUUCCCUUGACUCCUUGCAAGGGAUCUUCUAAUAGUGUUGCAAUUGAAGACAGCGAUGAUGAAGAUUUAUUGGAGUAUUCAGCAGAUAUGGUUACUGGAGGAGGAGGAGGAGGAGAAGCCAUCACUACCACUACCACUACCACUACAACUACCAACACCACAACCAGCUCUACCUCUACUACUGGUAGUAUUGGUUCUGAACGCAAGGCUGGGCUAUUACGCGGGGGAAGUUUUUCAGGGGUGAUGGAUGGUGACAAGCCAGUGUCGCUUGCACCUUUGCCAUUGGCAUUUAUUGGAUCUAAUCUUUCAUCUCCGAGCACUCGGCGCCAUCAUUCGGUAUCUCUUGGAAAAAUUGGGGACGAGGGAGUGCCCACUAUUCGCCGUGCCAGUUUUACCGAGGAGAUUUUGAGUGGUGUUAAUAACAAUAAUAAUAGUAAUAACGGCACCAACACCAGCACCAGCACCACCACAUUAAUGGCACGAGCUCCUCCUUCUGAAAAAACGUGGACUAGUUUACGGUUUAUGACGGAGACUAAUAAGUUGUUUUGUUCUUUGGAGGGAGUUCCGAUGCGUACACAUGUUGCAUUUCGACACCCGCAGCGUCGCAAGAAGGGCCAGUCGAUUAUUACACGAGAGGAAAGUACGUACCGGUCCAAGCAUGGGCUUUGCAUUAAAUGUGGGAACCAUUUGGCGGGAUGUGAGCAAGGUGAUUGUGAGGCCAAGUGUGUUCGGCAUCCUUAUUAUUACAAUUACUUUAACUGGGAGCUUUGA